UACUUAUGUAAAUAAGGUAUAUUUGUUUGUUUUUUGGGGGGGUUUUGCUCAAAUUUCCAAAAACUUGUUUUUCGCCUUGUCAUUUUUACAUUUUAGAAUAAGGCUGUAAUGUAACAAAAUGUGGAAAAAGUCAAGGAAGGGGUCUGAAUACUUUCCGAAUGCACUGUAUCUCUGAGAAAAUUAUUUUGGUAGAUAGCCAAGACGGAAAGGAAACAACACUUUUUUUUACAGGAUCUUUUGAAGGAAACACCACCUCACAUCGGUUUCCAAAUAGCGACAGGGUUUGGCUUUCAUUUUAAUGAUAGCGUAACCCUCAAAUCCAUGAAUUCAUGUCAGGUCAGAGACAUUUAUGGGAGGAAUGGCCUUUUUUUUUGCCACCGUGGUCUGAAAAUGACUGUUGCGUCCCUCUACGGACUGACAUGUAUGACAAACACUGAUAUUAAUCUGUUUUAAGCAAUCAAUUUUGUGAGAUCGUGAUGACUAUAAACUUUAAUACUAACAAUUAACCAUUCUAACAAAAAAAGUAUGUGCAUUUCCUGUAAUAUUGUGUGGGGAAAACUUUAGUCUGUGUAGUAACACGUUCUGUCCACCAUAGACAAAUUAGGGUUAUAUAACAUAACGAAAUAUGUCAAAGUAAUUCAAUAUUUUAAUAUAUGAUGACAGUAAAUGUAGCACACUCACCCAUUAUUACAAUGACAUCUAUUUCGUCCUACUUUAACCAAUUUAAAAACACAAUUUAACCAGUCACUCUAGACUGGAGCUUCCAUAUGGUCUGUGAAGCAGGCUGAACGUUUGACUGUCGAUGCGAAUACCUUUUCAACUUCAACAACACCUUUGAGAUCCACGACGACAUAGAAGCGCAUGGGGUUGUCCCUGGGCCUGGAGAUUGUCUGCGGUGCACUUCCCAAUCUCAUCCUGGCCAAGUCCCUCAUUCCCAGGUCUCUAGAGAUCUACAUCAUAGGCAUGGCCAGAGGCACCAGUCAAACAAGCUCUUUCCCUGAUGACCUGGACUCUGCCUCUUUGGAUGGAAGGAGGAGCUACAGCCACAGUAGCACCGCCCUCUCCGAGUCUCGAGGCCAGGCGCCCAGCUCCUUCAACGAGGAAGAGGAGGACGAUGAUGACAACGAACCCUCUUCACAGAGUGACUGACGGACAGACAGCUAGCCAGGCAUCAGUGAUGCACCAUACCUCUCUCUCUGAGACUGGUCUCUCAUCUCCUACUCUGUUCACAUGGGGAGUGGAAGUUCUCUGGGGAUGUGGCCAGAUAUACAGGAAAUAGGUUGCCAGUCAUUCAGGUCGAUGAUAUGAUAUUUUAGACGCAUUUAAAUAUCUGUUUCUGUCUUAAAUUCUCCCUUGUAGUUAUUUUUGUAAAUGUCUUCCUGGCUGCUGCCCCUGUAUUUCCUGCAGCGGCGAAAAGGUUCCAAAUUCUUCUGCCAAGAGGCGAUAUCUGCGUAAUCUCCCGGAGAAAAGGUUUGUUGUUUUUUAGAUGGAGUGCAAUGUUUUGUAGUCAUUUUCUAGAGGAUGUGGCUAUGCAUAAAAACACUCACACUGCCGCGACACACCACAGACUCGUGAUGGAAUAUUUUUCACAAUUAUUGAACAUUUCUUCUCAUUUAUUUCCCUGUUCCAACGAAACAUGUCAAACGUACAUGUAUGUGUGUUGAUGUAUGCUAGUGGUUUGACUGUCUGUUCCUCCUUUAACACAACGUUUGUCUAAUCAAUGGGAUCCCGUCCGAUCCUAUUCUAAGCUUGCAUUUUAAUUUAAGGUCUGUUUAGGUUAAUAGAAGGGGAUUUCUAGGCUUCUUUGAACCACCCCAAAACAUUCUGUAAAAUAUAUAUAUUUUUUACGCUACUUAUGAUACUCCUUUACUAUUUUUUGCAGUUUAAUGUCAGCCAUUAGAUGCAACUGUGUGGAAAGAAGCCAGCAGUAACCUUUAACCCAGGUAUUAGCCCUACCUUGUCUAGAAACAAGGGUACAUUGAGUAAAUUUUGUUUUAUUUUAAGUGUGAACCAUUCUGCCUAUCAUCAAUGCCUUUUUUAAUAUAAUCAUUGUGCCGAUAUGUAAUGGCCUAUUCCAUUCAAUUGCACCCUCCUGAA